CUGAUAAUCUAAACCAUUCUCGGUUCCUCCUUCAAACGUUAUCUCCCACUCCCCCACUAUCAGAAUCGAUCCACCACACCCAUCUUCGUCACCGAUUUGUACGGCCAUUAACUAUUUGAUUAUAUAUCACCGGAAAAUUUAGUCCCUGUUCGGUACGGCUCGCUGUGGGAAGCAAGUCGGAAACAGAGAGCACACCAUGCAGCAGAUUCGACUCUUGAUUUGCUGCCUAAUUCUCGCCGCCGGCGCCGUCUGCUCCUCCACGCCGCCGCCGCCGGAGUCCGUCAACAUCGGGGUGGUUCUCUCCUUCGGCUCCAUCAUUGGCAAAGUCUCCAAAAUCGCAAUCCAGGCAGCCGUGGCCGACGUCAACUCCGACCCCACCGUUCUCCCCCGAACCAAGCUGCUGGCCUCUUUGCACGACACCAAUUUCAGCGGAUUCCUCGGCAUCAUUGAAGUUUUAAGGUUGAUGGAGACCCAGACGGUGGCGGUAAUCGGGCCGCAGUCGUCGGUGACAGCUCACGUGCUGUCGUUCAUCGCCAACGAGCUCCGCGUCCCGAUGCUCUCCUUCUCCGCCACCGACCCGACCCUCAACUCGCUGCAGUUCCCGUUCUUCGUCAUGACCUCGCAGAGCGACCUCUACCAGAUGGCCGCCGUCGCCGACAUCGUGGAGCACUACGGGUGGAGGGAGGUGAUCGCGAUCUACGGCGACGACGACCACGGCCGGAACGGGAUUUCCGCGCUGGGCGACCAGCUGGCCGCCAGGAGAUGCAGGAUCUCGUUCAAGGCGCCGCUGGGCACCAAGGCCACAAGGGAGGAGAUCACCGACGUCCUGGUCCAGGCCGCGAUGGGCGAGUCGCGGAUUCUGGUGGUCCACGUGCCGGAUUACUGGGGGCCGAUGGUGUUCGCCGUUGCCCGGUAUCUGGGCAUGAUGAACCCCGGCUACGUCUGGAUAGCCACCAAUUGGUUCUCCACGAUUCUGGAAACCGAGCUCGAUCUUGCUCCCGAGGCUCUGGAGGAUGUACAGGGAGUGCUCACGCUGCGGAUGCACACACCGGAUUCGGAGCUCAAAGCCGAGUUCGUGAACAGGUGGGCUAACUUGACCGGCGGAGCCAUGGGGCUCAGUGCUUAUGGGCUGUACGCUUACGACACCGUGUGGAUCAUGGCCCGAGCACUCGACGCGUUCUUCGCCCAAGGGGGGAAUAUCAGUUUUUCAGAGGAUUCCAGGUUAGCGAAGCUCGGGGGAGAAAACUUGCGACUAGAUGCCAUGAGAAUGUUGGACGGCGGGAAACAGCUACUGGAGAGCAUCUUAAACGUGGAUAUGAACGGGGUGACGGGUCGGGUCAAGUUCCUUCCGCCGGAUGACACCCUAAUCCACCCCGCAUACGAAGUCAUCAAUGUGAUCGGGACAGGACAUCAGAGGAUCGGGUACUGGUCGAACCAAUCGGGUCUCUCGAUCGACCCGCCGGAAACUCUCUACUCGAAUCCGGGCAACCAAUCCAGCUCGGACCAGCAUCUGGGCCCGGUUUUCUGGCCCGGGAAGACGACCCAGAAGCCUCGGGGAUGGGUGUUCCCGAACAACGGGAGACAUUUGGCGAUCGGGGUGCCAAACCGGGUCAGCUACCGGGAAUUCAUCGGUCAAGUGCCCGGGACCGAUACGUAUUCCGGGUACUGCAUCGACGUUUUCACGGCCGCCGUCAGCCAAUUGCCGUACGCCGUGCCGUACAAGCUGGUCCCGUUCGGUGACGGGGUCGAAAACCCUAGUUUGACGGAGCUCGUCCGCCUGAUGUCGGCGGGGGUUUACGACGGCAUCGUCGGCGACGUUGCCAUCAUCACGAACCGGACCAAGAUGGCCGACUUCACGCAGCCGUACAUCGAGUCUGGGCUCGUGGUGGUGGCGCCGGUGAUGACGAGGAGCUCCAAUGCGUGGGCGUUUAUGCGGCCUUUCUCCCCGGCGAUGUGGGCCGUCACGGGUAUCUUCUUCCUCGUCGUCGGGGCGGUGAUUUGGAUCUUGGAGCACCGGCUGAACGACGACUUCAGGGGCCCGCCGAGAAGACAAGUCGUCACCAUUUUAUGGUUCAGCUUGUCAACAUUGUUCUUCGCUCACAGGGAGAACACUGUGAGCACCCUGGGCAGAGUCGUGCUAAUCAUAUGGCUGUUCGUUGUGCUGAUAAUCAACUCGAGCUACACGGCCAGCCUGACCUCAAUCUUAACAGUGCAGCAGCUUUCUUCGCCCAUCAAAGGAAUCGAGACCCUGAGAACCAGCAACGACCCCAUUGGUUACCAACAAGGCUCAUUCGCCCGGAACUACUUGGUUGAAGAACUUGGCUUCCACGAAUCCAGGAUGGUCCCGCUCAAGGGCCCCGAGGACUGCGAAAGGGCCCUGAAAGCUGGCCCUCACAAAGGCGGCGUUGCUGCUGUAGUUGACGAACAGUCGUAUCUCGAAUUGUUCCUUUCGACACGGUGUGACUUCAGUAUAGUAGGUCCAGAGUUCACCAGGAACGGCUGGGGAUUCGCCUUCCCCAAGGACUCUCCGCUGGCAGUCGACUUGUCGACCGCCAUUCUCAAGCUGUCCGAGAACGGGGAUCUGCAGAGGAUCCACGACAAAUGGCUGAUGAGCAGCGCGUGCAGCUCGCAAACCACGACCUUUCAAGUGGACAGGCUGCACCUCUCAAGCUUCUGGGGACUCUUCCUCAUCUGUGGAUUGGCUUGCCUGCUAGCGCUCUUUCUGUAUUUCCUCAAAAUUGUCCGAAAGUUUAGCCGCCACCAGCAGGCUGACGUGUCCCACGCUGCUGCUGCUGCUGCUUCUUCCUCCGCUGCGCUCUCCCUGUCUUCUGCAUCUGUUCGGCUUCAGACUUUCUUAUCUUUCGUUGACGAGAAAGAGGAGGAAGUUGUAAGCCGGUCCAGGAGGCAGUCGCUUGAUAGAGCAUCAAAUAGAAACGACUGUGAAGCUGUCGAUGGGGAGACUCAGGAUUCCAAGUCAGGAAGACGCGUUGAAUUCUCGACAAACAAGGACAUUGGUACUGAGAACGGAAUCUAAGUCACCUUCUUCAUUCCACUACACAUCUUAUACAAUUAUACACAAGGCAGGAACAACUAAUGUAUGUGCAAAGUGGCAUCAGGCUGAAGGAAUUCACAUCAGGUGAAGUUGCAUGUGGUCGCUAGGAAUUAGGGGAGCUGUAAGUUCGAACUAAGUUCCCACUCUUGGCCUCAAGAGCAAACACAGUGGUUUUUUCUGAAGCACAUGAUUAGAGUUCCGUCCUCGGAGAUGUGUGGCGUUAUCUUAGUGAAGUCAUCGAUACUCUAAGGAAGUC